UCUUACAAUCAGUCACCUACAGUCACAGGCAGCCACACACACUACAGCCGUCCACGGGAAGCAGAGAGUGCAGAGCUGCAGCUUACACAACUAUCUGUGGAGAUACAUGUACAGUAAAAGGAUUACAAUGAUGAGGGUCAGCCUGCUAAGUCUGCUGACAUGUCUACUGCUGAGCCAGUCUACCCAGUCAACUGCUACAGUCGUAACUUCCACCAGUCCAACUCUGUCCACCAACAAUGCAUCUUCCACCACUAGAGUUACACAAACGCCAGCUUCAACCAACAAAAACAACAUUACAGGCUCAACAACUUCACAAACAGAGUCCUUGACUGCAUCCCCUCCAUCAUCUACAUCUACCACAAGUCUGACCCAGAGCUCUUCUUCUCUACCUCAACCAACCAUUUCAACCCCUGUGACGACAAGCAAUGACACCACAAUCACACCACCUGCCGGUAACGACACCACCGAUGCCAACAAAACCACUAGUGCACCCAGUACCACCAACACAAGCACCACCGUCAGUACCUCACCAAACACCACCUCCAUCACCUCCACCAGUAUCACCACCAGUUCCCCACCUGAUGUCACCAACAGUACCUCACCUAGCAACGCCAACGGUACCACCACCAGUGACCCACAUGGUACCACCUCCAUCACUUCCAGCAGUACCACCAAUGGUACCUCACCUAGCAUCACCACAAGCAACGCCACCAGUACCACGACCAGUGUCCCACCUGGGACCACCACCAUCACCUCCACCAGAACCACCACCAGUGCCCCAUCCAGCACCACCUCCAUCACCUCUACCAGUACCACCACCAGUACCACCAUCAACACCUCCACCAGUGCCAUCCAAUCCACCACAGUGGUUGAGGAAGGACACAAAUCCAAAGCUCUGAGCUCAGGAAGUAUCGCAGCCAUCAUUUGUCUUUUCAUCAUACUCGUCAUCGUAGUAUUAGGUGGGCUGUACUACUACAAGUUCAGGCGUCCAUCCUACGGUCCCCUAGUGGACAGCGACUACGGCACUUUAGGAAACUUCAGCAACCCCAUGUACGACCCUUGAAUCCUAACCUUUGAUCGCCGACUCCAGACGUGACCACCAAAAGUCUUCAGCCUGCAAGAGGGAGCUGUUCUGAUCAGAGUGUGUUUAUAGUAUGUGUGAAAUAAGUUCAGGACAAUCACAUUUUAUUACUGUGAUUAGUGGCUUGAUGGUUUGAUUGCACUCGGUUGCAAAACAAAUGUGAAGUUUCUCUUGAUCUUUGUUCAAGUGACCUCGAUUUUUAUUCCCAGGUAAACGUGAAAGGAAAUAAAACAGCAGUUUUUUUACUCAGGGUAGCUGUUCAAAGACCUCUGACUGCAUAGACACAGUGCAAUCAUACUGUAAUACCAUAACAGAAGUGUCACAGCUUAAAUCUCAGAGAAAAAAAAAGUGUGAUUAUCAAAGAUAUCAUGAUUAACACUGGAUAUUUGUACAAAAAGAAAACUGCUUUCCAUCCAAUACAAGCAAAAAGAACUGGAUUAUGUGAACUGAGAUGGGGAAGACAUUGAAAAGCCUAGAACAAACUGAACUGACAGCAAAGUGCAAAUACUGUUUUCUUUUCUUUUUUUAAAAUCAUUGAUUGUUCCUGUCUGCGCCUGCUGAGAUACUUUUUCCUUCCAUAAACUGUGAAAUUAUGAGAUUUCUGUUCAGAUUUUCAGCAUUUAUCAACAUAGAAGUAGCAGGAGAAACAAAGCCCAAAGCCUAGAGAAUGGUCAUCUACAAAUACCUGCUUUUACAUGAUCCUUUACGUGUCUGUAUCAAGAGGAAGUACAGAGUAUGGUCAUAUGUGGUUGGAGAAAACUAGAGUCCUCAAAAAAAAGGACUGACAGAACGACAAGUGGAGCUCUAAAAAUGAGCUUGAGAGACUAGAAAGAAAAGAAAUUUCAUUUAAAUUAAAAGACAAACAGGUGAAGUGACUUGUGUGUGAUCCUGAAUGGUUUGUACCAUUCUCAAAUGGACCAAUAAUCUCAGCAAUGGACAAUUUGUUAGCAGAGAAGCAAGAACUAAAUCUAUAGAAGACAGAAUUUCUCCUAUACGUUGGGAAGCGGAGACAUUUUAAGGCAACAUAGGGGGGCUAUGUUAGCAUUAGCAGCUACGACAACCCCAGAAGGGAGACCAGUCCUUUCAAAUCCAGUCAGUAAAGGGAGGCUCCGGGUUUCAAGCCCCAUGUAUUCAUCCUGCUGAGGUGCCCUUGAGCUAAACACUGAAUCGCUUCCUGUUUCAAGUGCUGGUCUACAGCUUUGACCUCUGUCACUUUUGAAUGAAACAGCGAGUUUCUUUUAUCAUUGAAUGUCAUCAGUGUGAAGUGUUUUCAGUGUGAUUUUUGCUUUUCUGAUUCUAGUAUUUAAUAGAGUUUUGUUUGUUUGCAUUUAGGUGAAAAAUAAUGUGACAGUUUCGAUGCUUUUCUAAUUUUUAUUGUGUAAAAGGAUUAUGUGCAAUAAAAGUGACAAAAGAAUAAUGGGAGUCACUGUGAUGGUGUAACCUAAAGGUGCUUAGGCUACAGUAGAAUAUAUUCAACACAUGUAAAAGUGGUGUUAUCCAGAAAAACUACUGGUCUAAAUACAAAAGCAUGAUAGCUGUAAUUACUGCUCCAAACACACGUGAAACAAAUAAAAUGAUAUGACAACA